AUGCUGUUGCUACUGCUCUGGGUGUGUGGGUGGGCAUCUGAAAACUACUUUCUUCUCCAUGCAGAGUCCAUGUUUAUGUAUGAGACAUUCAAGGUGGAAUUGCAGUCCACACUUGUGACAGUGCAGGAGGGUCUGUGUGUCUUCGUGCCCUGCACAUUCUUUAGUCUUUUCAAGAACCCAAGUUUUAACACCACCGUCUUCGGCUACUGGUUCCGUGCAGGAUCGAAUACAGACCUUGAUUUUCCAGUGGCUACAAACAACCCAGACAAAACAAUGCAGGAGACUCACAGCCAAUUCCAUCUCUUUGGGGACCCAAGGAUCAAUGACUGCUCACUGGACAUCAGAGAUGCACAGAGGAGUGACAGCGGUUAUUACUUCUUCAGAACGGAAAGUGAUACCUUUAAGUGGAAUUACUACAAAGAUCAGCUCUUUCUGAAUGUGACAGCCCUCAAUCACACCCCCAACAUCGACAUCCCACAGACUCUGGAGCUUGGCCAUCCUAGCAACGUGACAUGUUCUGUGCCCUGGGCCUGUGAAAAGGGGACACCUCCCAUCUUUUCCUGGAUGUCAGCUGCCCUCACAUCCCUGGGCCCUAGGACCACCCUUUCUUCAGUUCUGACCCUCACACCUAGGCUACAGGACCAUGGCACUAACCUCGUCUGUCAAGUGACCUUCCCUGGAGCUGGUGUAACUGUUCAAAAGGCUGUCCAGAUCAAUGUCACCUGGAAAUCAGGUACCCUGGCAGAGGUGGUGCUAGUGGCAAUGGGAGAGGCAGCUAUCAAAUUCCUGCUUCUUGGGAUCUGCUUCAUCUUCCUCAGCAUGGAAUCCCAAAGGAGAAGAGUGGAGAGGCCAGCAACACAGGUGGAUUAUGCAGAAACUGUCAUGGAUUAG